UCCCUUGAAUCUCCACACCAACAAACCAACCAAAGGAAACUCUUGAGCUGCAUGCACAUGACUGAGAAGAAAGGGUGAAGAAAACACACAGUGUCUGAAGCUGUUGUCCACACACUACACUGUGCUCCACCUCCAGUUUUCUUCCACAGACUUGCUACAAUGCCUUUCUUCUCACCAUGGAUCACAGCAGUGUUCAUCAUUUCCUUGACAUUCCCUUUUCAUUCUGAAACUUCUUUUGAAUCUCCCGCUCGCCGACCUCCAAGCUGUGAUAUGGCUGCAUAUUCUGCUUGCUCUGAACAACAUGAUCCAGUCUGCGCAAGCAAUGGCAGGACUUACGGCAAUUCUUGCAAGUACUGUCGUGCACUGAAACUUACUAAUGCAUUUUGGUAUAAGCAUUAUGGUGAAUGCUGAAAUCUGCCUCACCUACCCAUUCCUGUGUUUUCUAUUGCAACCCCAUUUAUGGUGGAUUCUACUAUCAACUAGAAUAUCCUUCGUUAGUGUCUGA